AUGAAGCCCUUUUGGUCGGCCUUCGAUUGGUCAAAGAGAUGUAGGUUAAAAGGCUACUCAUUAACUGUGACUCCCAGUUGGUUGUUAGCCAAGUUAAUGAAACUGGCAAGCAAUAUGGAUUUCGAGUUACUUACUGUGGUCCCCACAGAGCACCUUUCAUGGCCUUUAAUUUCUAAGGUUGGAGAGGUGAUCAUUCUCCACUCAAUUGUCUCAGAUAAUGGGCGUCAAUUCGACAAUAAAAAUGUUAGAGAUCUAUGCAAAGAAUUUGGGAUUAAGAAAAAACUUUCUUCUCCACAUCAUCAACAAGCAAAUGGGCAAGUUGAGACUGUAAAUAAGACCAUUAAAUACACUUUAAGAGAAAGCAAGAUGCCUCAAAAAGAGCUAGGAUUAAUGAGCUACAUCAG